AUGGGAUCUUUACCACUUAAUCCUGAUGUCCUGAUCGUCGGCGCGGGUCCUGUAGGACUUUUCGCCGCUUUACGUCUAGGCCAAGCAGGUGUCAGCGUCACUAUACUUAAAGACAGCGGGCUCUCUCAGCUUCCUAGGGCCUGCAUGUUUUAUCCUCAGCCUCAGUUUGCUCUAGCAGAAGCCGGAAUCUGGGAUGCCAUCAUCAAGGGCGGCGGUUUCCGAAGUACUGGCCUUGACAUCCCAAUCAGCAUGCUCAACAUGGCGCAACCGGAGCUCACCAAAGUCUUAAUGGAAAAGGCAACUGAGACAGGACGGGUCCAAGUUCUGUUUAAUAAAGAGUUGGUUUCGAUCCUCAAAGAUGGCACCGACGGAUCCGAAGUCGUUACGAUAGCAGUCAAAGACGUCAAAACUGAGCAAGUGGAGGAGCACACUGCUUCGUUUCUUGUGGGCUCAGAUGGAAACAGGUCCAAGACUAGGUCCUUGCUCGGAAUAUCCUUUCCUGGACACACUUGGCCCGAGAAGCUCAUUGCGACAGAUGUCUGGCUGCAAAACACAGAAGAUAGCCCCGUCACGACAACAAUCUUAAUGGAGCCGGUGCAUUACACCAUCAUCACUCCUCUUACACCACCCGUGAAAGGCGAGGUGACGAAGUGGAGACUUACUUUUGCAGUUGACCCCGAAGAGCUCAAGACCAAGACUGAGGCAGAGCUCCUUUCUGAAGAAUACAUCUCACACCAUUACCAGCGCGCUUGGGCUGGACCACGUCCUUUUACAUACAAGAUCGACAGAGCAGCGACGUACACUAUCCACCAGCGUUUGGCGUCCAAUCUGAGGCGAGGGAGAUGCCUUUUGGCUGGUGACACCGCACAUGUGAACAAUGUCAUUGGCGGCUUGGGUCUGAGCAAUUGUUUAAUGGAAUCUGUUGCUCUUAGCGAUGCUCUCAUCCUGGUCUUGAAAGACGGCAAACCUGUCGACCCGAUCUUGACGAUGUACUCGGAUGAGCGACGUCAGGUCUUCCAAUUCUUCAUUGAUUCAGUUUCUUCCUGGGUAAGUUGA